CAUGGCUCGCUGGGACCUUGUGUACCUAUCCCUCGCCUUCUGCCUGGGGGCAGUGAGGGCUGCAAAGCUGGGCAUCGUGAACACAGAGGGAGGCUUCAUUGAAGGAGUUAAUAAGAAGCUGGGCCUCUUUGGGGAUUAUGUGGAUAUCUUCAAGGGAAUCCCUUUUGCUGCGCCUACGAAGACACUCGAAGACCCCCAGCCUCACCCUGGCUGGCCAGGCACCCUGCAAGCCAAGGAGUACAAGAAUCGCUGCAUGCAGUCCACACUUACCCAGACAGACACACGUGGCAGCGAAGAUUGCCUGUACCUGAAUAUUUGGGUCCCUCAAGGGAAAAAGCAAGUCUCCACCAACUUGCCCGUGAUGAUCUGGAUCUAUGGGGGCGCCUUUCUCUGGGGAGGCGGGCAGGGCGCCAACUUCCUGAAGAACUACCUCUACGACGGGGAGGAGAUUGCCACCCGGGGGAAGGUCAUCGUGGUGACUUUGAACUACCGCCUGGGACCCCUUGGUUUCCUCAGCACUGGAGACGAUAGCCUGCCAGGAAACUACGGGCUCAAAGACCAGCACAUGGGCAUCGCCUGGGUGAAGAGAAACAUCAAGGCUUUUGGAGGAGACCCCGAGAACAUCACCAUCUUCGGGGAGUCAGCGGGGGCAGUCAGCGUCUCAUUGCAGACGCUGUCGCCCUACAACAAAGGCUUGAUCAAACGGGCCAUCAGCCAGAGUGGAGUCGGCCUGUGCACCUGGGCCAUUCAGAAGAACCCCCUUUACUGGGCUACCAAGGUAGCGCAGGUUGUGGGCUGCCCGACACACAACACCACGGCCCUGGCAAACUGCCUGCGGAUCACGGACCCCAAAGCUCUGACGUUGGCCUACCACUUGGACGUGCGCAACCUGCAGUACCCCCUCGUCCAUUACCUGGCCUUUUCCCCGGUGGUCGAUGGAGAUUUCCUCCCAGAUGACCCUGACCAGCUCUUUGCCAACACCGCUGACAUCGACUACAUCGCUGGAGUGAACAACAUGGACGGGCAUUUCUUUGCUGGGCUCGACAUGCCGGCCCUCAACCGCCCCCUGGUGAAGAUCACAGCGGAAGAAGUGUAUCGUGUGGUCCAGGGGCUGACGGUGGAGAAGGGCAUGGCCGCGGCCAACCAAGCCUUCACACUCUACACCCAGGUGUGGAGUGACAGCGUGACCCAGGAAGUCAUGAAAAGGACCGUGGUGGACCUGGAAACCGAUUACAUAUUCCUGGUGCCCACCCAGCGAGCCCUCGACCUCCAUGCUCAAAAUGCGAAGAGUGGCAAGACCUACAGCUACGUCUUCUCCCAGCCAUCUCGAAUGCCAGUGUACCCCAGUUGGGUAGGGGCGGACCACGCCGACGAUCUUCAGUACAUCUUUGGAAAGCCCUUUGCCACACCCCUGGGCUACCGGUCUCAGCACAGGACCGUUUCCAAGGCCAUGAUUGCUUACUGGACCAACUUUGCCAGAACAGGUGACCCGAACAAGGGAGAAUCUGCGGUGCCGAUCGGCUGGGUCCCCUACGAUCCUCAGCAGGGCUACUACCUGGACAUCAACAAGGACAUCAAUUACGACUCCGUGAAGCAGGGCCUGAGAACACCUUACGUGCAAUUCUGGAAUGUCGCCUACCGCAACCUUCCCAAUGCUGAGAACACCACAGAGCUAGAGUAG